AUGUCUCUCAAACUUCUACUUCAGCUAGCAGCUGCAACCGCUGCAGCAGUUGAGGUUACCGCUACAACACAGGCGGACUUCGACUACAUCAUCAUUGGUGGUGGAACCAGCGGUCUUACUGUUGCGAAUCGUCUCUCAGAAGACUCGAGCGUUUCUGUCCUCGUCAUCGAGGCUGGCGGUUCAGUCUUGGACAACAAGAAUGUUACUGAUGUGGACGGAUACGGCCUGGCUUUUGGUACUGACAUUGACUGGGCAUACGAAUCCGUCAAUCAAACCUACGGCGGAAACACUCGCAAGGUUCUCCGCGCUGGCAAGGCGUUGGCCGGAACUAGUGCAAUCAACGGCAUGGCGUACACCCGCGCCGAAGACAUCCAGAUCGACGCAUGGGAAACUAUCGGCAAUGAGGGUUGGACUUGGGAAAGCCUCUUACCAUAUUAUCUGAAGAGCGAGAACUUGACACGCCCGACUCAGGACCAGACAUCGAAGGGCGCAUCCUACAACACUGACCUCCACGGAACGGAUGGCGACCUCAAGGUUGGAUUCACUGACAUUCCGGCGAACAAUCUCACCGCAACCUUGAACCAAACUAUGAUGGGUCUGGGUGUUCCCUGGACCGAAGAUGUUAACGGUGGAAAGAUGCGUGGAUUCAAUGUGUACCCCUCGACCAUUGAUUAUGAGAACUAUGUCCGGGAGGACGCUGCCCGAGCUUACUAUUGGCCGUUUGCGACGCGUGAAAAUCUCCAAGUCCUGAAUAACACUUUUGUCAACCGCCUCGUUUGGGCCAACGGAUGCGGCGAUGCCAAAGCUACCGGAGUCGAAGUUACCCUAAGCAACGGAACGAUUAUCACCAUCAACACUCGUCGGGAAGUCAUCAUAUCUGCAGGCGCCCUCAAAUCCUCCGGCAUCCUUGAACUGUCAGGAGUUGGCAACCCCUCUAUUCUUCAGCAGAAUAACAUCUCUGUUCGAGUAAAUUUGCCGGCCGUUGGCGAGAACUUGCAGGACCAAGCAAAUACCGACUUAUCUGCCACCUCGUUGGCCAAUGUCACUGGAACCAAGACAGUGGUGUAUCCAAACAUUUAUGACAUAUUUGGGAACGAUACCGAAUCAUUGCGUCAACGUUUGAGUGACCAGUUGCAACAGUACGCCGCAGAUACAGCCAGUGCAAACAACGGCGUCAUGUCGGCGACAGAUCUGGAAAGCCUGUACCAAGUCCAACUUGAUCUGAUAUUCACUGGGAAAGCACCAGUCGCCGAGAUCUUGUUUUAUCCCGGUGGUGGAGCGACAUUGGCGUCUGAAUAUUGGAGUCUGCUUCCCUUCUCCCGGGGAAGUGUCCACAUUGGCGCCUCAGAGCCUACGGCCAUGCCCGUCAUUAACCCGAACUAUUUCAUGCUUGAGUUUGACAUGGAGGUCCACGCGGCCAUUGCACAGUACGUCAGGGAGAUAUUCCAAGCGUCACCUUUGAAGGACAUCAUCCAGGAAGAGACUUUGCCGGGCCAGUCAGUACCCCAAGCCGCCACGAACGAGGACUGGAAGCAGUGGAUCCUAAAUGGCAACUAUCGAUCCAACUUCCAUCCGGUGGGUACCGCCGCGAUGAUGCCCCGGUCCAUAGGAGGCGUCGUCAAUGAACAGUUCCAGGUCUAUGGGACGAAGAAUGUCCGUGUCGUCGAUGCUUCGGUAUUACCAUACCAAGUCUGCGGACAUCUCACAAGUACCCUAUACGCCAUCUCAGAGAGGGCCGCAGAUUUCAUCAAGGCUACUUCAUCGUAG